GCAAUAAUACUUUAACUUUUGGAGGAUUUUUAAGCCUUUUAAUUGCUAAAAAUAAAACAUUUAUUAAGCGAUUUAGCGAAAUUUUAACCCAAGCCCAAAACGAACUUAAUGGGGCUUAUGUUUUUGACGAACACAUUGCGGGCAAUAUUAACCCAGUGAUUAGUUUUGAUAACAAAAAAACCGGUGCUGAUUAUACUAAGUUAGUUAUUCCUAAUUUGAUUAGAAAUGCCGAUGGUUCCCUACUGGAUUACAAAAAUUUGGCUAAUUUUACCCAUCCAAAAUAUUAUACUCAUGAGGAAUACGAAACUCCAACUUAUAAAGCUACCGAAAUUCCCCCAAUUUCGGAAAAUAACUCCUUCCGUCCCCAUGAUAGCGACCAGGAAGGCAAACCAGAAAAUAAUAAUUAUGACGAGUUCCUCUCGGAUUCGGAAGUAGAGGAAGAAGAAAUUUCGGUGCCGCAGAUUAAAGGCUGGUUAAAUGAUAAUCAUAUUAAUCAUUUAUUCCGAAAAAUGUUUGCCAAUUUAUCUCCGGAAUUACAAAACAAAGUAGUUACUUAUAUAGAGCCGUCCCUCACCGCUAAUUUAGCGGUUGACUUAACCCAGGAGGGAGAAAAUAAUUUUUAUGAAUAUGAUUCGGCCGCUCCGGCCACCGAAAACAUUAGUAAUUCGGCGGAUAAUUUAAUUAAGUACCUAGAAGAGCAUUUUAAAUUUACCUGCACCGUCGCUAUUUCGGCCGCUGGUCCACGACAAAAUAACGGUUCGGAUUGUGGAUUUUUUUCUGUGCUUAAUUCCCAGUAUUUAUUAGAUGUUAUUAAUGAUAAUAAAAAUUUUUCCGACCACUUUAAAAUUUCUCCAUACAAUUCUAAAAAAGCUAUUAAACAACUGCGAAAUUAUUUAUAUCUAGAAAAUGAAAAAUCCCCUCAUUUAAACCUCGGGGAAGAUGCCGGACGCGGAACUAGUUAUGAUGAAAAAGGAUCUAUUAGUCUUCCGUUAAGUAAAAGGAUAAUAGAUAAAUUUGAAAAGUUAACUUGCUUUACUUUUGCUCCUCAUACCUCAAACGUGCUAGAUAGUCAUUUUAUGAACCCCGUGGAAAGAUACCUUAAUUCGCAUUUACGAAAGAAAGGUAAUUUGCCGGUUUUAGGAAUUACUUCCGCCGCAGAAGCCCUGGCUUUAAGCCAAAAAAUAAGGAUUUUAGAUGAUUUGCCACAUUCCGCCCAAGAGACUAAAAAAUUAUUUCGGGAAAAGGAAGCUCUGGUCUACCAAAAAUUAGAAAAAAUAGUGGAAAUUUUUAACAGUGUUUUGCUGAAAGUAGAAAAAUAUCAAACUAACGGAGGCUCGUUAAUUACCCUCCCCCGAGAUUCCCGCGAACCCAAAAAUCACCUUUAUUUAACUGAUGCCGAAAAAGCAAUUAUUGAAGAAAAUUUAAGUGUUAAAUCUAUUGAAGAAAUUAACCGGGCAUGGGAUAAUUUUUUCCGCAAAGUCAGUAAUAAUAAUUGGCAGAGCAAAAAUGUAGAAGAAAUAAAUAUGAAUUAUGCCACCGAUAAUUCCACUGAUUCGUCCCCUCCACUUGAUCGAUUUAUCCCCACUGAAUAUAAAGAAUUUAAAUUUGAUAAUGUUAAAAAAUAUGAAGCAAGAGAUGGAAAUUGGCGUAUUACCGGAUUAAAUGCUGAAUACCAAGGUGAAGUAAUUAAUGAAUUAAUUAUUCCCCAGGCUUAUUUUAGGGCUGAUCGACUAGAAAUCAUGAAAGAGACACCCAAAAUUCCUCUUUCUCCCAUCAACAAAAAACGAGACUGGUAUACUAUUUCGCUAAAUGAAGAAAAUAUUCGCCGCGACGGCACUACUUUAACCAUUUUGCCCGCUCAACUAUCUUUCAUUGUGCGACGAGCCGCCCUCAAUAGGAUUAAAGGCGAACUUAAAAUACUGUUAGAAAUAAUGCCUUUAACGGGCUUCGACCGCGAAAUUAAAUAUUUACUGCUUGAUAAAACGGCAAUUAAAAAAAUCCAAGCCCAUUUAGACUUAGAAAUCAAGGAUUUACUUUCCCAAACAACCCAGACCGGUGCUAUUAUGCCAAAGGGAGCCCAAAACCUCUCCCUAGCGGUCAAUAAACAGGCUCCGAUUUUGGUGCUGAACGAAGAAAAUUUUGCCACGGCGGAAAUUACUAAUUCCGACACGGUGGAAAGAGAGCAAUUUGCUGCUUUUCAAACUAUACUUAAAGAGGGAAGAGAGCCAGAAUUUAAGGGUUCCGAUGGAUUAUUAACCGCCCUAGAACAAAAAUUAAAAAAAGAAAAAUCCUCGGCCGAAAGAUUACCCGCCGAAAUCAAAAAUCUUUUUAACCAAGCACUAAAUUACACCUUGACUACUGCCGAAGAAAUAUUAACGGAAAUAGCCGAUGAAAAUUUUGUUUAUGAUGAAAAUAACGAAGCCAAACUGAAAAAUACCCUCGGAAUUUUAAUGAAAUUGGAAAAAACCGAAGAUGCCUUUUUAAGUCCCGAAAAUAAAACCACAAUUAAGCAAUUAACCACCUGUAUGUUUGAUUUGGAUUUGCAAUAUUCUGAAGAUUUGUUAAACAACAAGGAAGCAAAUUUAGAGGAUUACCAAACCGAAAAAUUAAGCUUAGAAGAUAUUCUGGCUUCUGAUUUUAGAUAUAAUAAGGCCGAUAUAACUUCGCCAAGUGCCUGUGAAAGUUUUCAAACUUGGUUGUCAGCAAAUGAGGAAAAUAUAAAGGAAUUAAUCAACGACUUGGCUAACAAAAUUGCCGAGCUUGAAGACCAUGCUAAUAUUUAUACCCUUAAACAUUUAGAAACCGUAAUAGAAAAUGCGGAGGGAACAGUUAAACAAAAAGAAAUUUUUGCCGUAGUUACGGCGUGGGAAAGCCCGUUGGUUCCCGGACAAUAUUACCAAAUUUCGGACUCGGCCGCCGGCUUCCCAAAAAAGGUCCAAGUCAUUACUAAUUUAGCCGAUAUAGUUUCCCAAGUAGAUAACAUGUAUUCGGCUUAUAUGGAGGAAGCGACCCAAAGUAGUUUUAAUAAAGAUGAUAGCCAAAACCAAACAAAACUUUGGCAACUACAAGAAAAAAAAGCGGCUAUUUAUCAGGAGAUUUUAGAAAAUUUCCGGGAACUAGCCUGGACCGACAGGGAAAAAAUUAAACAAAUUAAUAGCGAUAUAGAAAAAAAACUCGCCGAAAGCGAGGAAAUUAACCCUCUCCUGCUUCCCCAAUUUGACUACCAACAAAGGCUGACCACACUUAACGAGGAAUUAGAAAAAACUACUCUCUCGGCGAAAGAAAGAGAAUUCUUGCAAGGAGAACAAGAACUUUUAAACAAGGGGAUUAAAAAAAUUAAUUCUACUUAUAAUAAAGGAAUUAUAGCGGAGAUAACUAAUAAUUAUUUUAUUGCCGAAGCAGAAAAAAUUUAUGAUAAAAUUGGCAAUUUAAGACUAAAAAAAAGCAAUUUUGACCCUGCCAAAGCGGAAAGCCAAAAUUUAUUGGCCGAAUUUGGGCUGGUGGAAAAAAAAAAUGCCUCCUCUCUCCUAGCUAUCCUCAAAGACAAACUGGUUAAACUAUUAGAAAGCCCCGAUACUGACAAUGAGGAUGCUGUAUUAAACCAAACCAAAUUAAUAGACUUGGGAGUUUUUGUGGCUCAGAAUGGUUUUGAAGAUUUAAAUUAUGAUUUAAUAAAUAGCCAAGUGGAAGAAUUAUACGCCCUAAUCUCUCCUUGCUUAACUAAUGAAUUUCUUGGCAAAUUGCCCAAAAUAGGAAGAUUAAAAAAGAAUUUAGCCGAACUCGUUAGCCACACUUUAAAAGUUAAGGUUCUCCGCACCGCUAUUCAAAGGCUUAAAGGAGCCGAGGAUGAUGAUUCAGUUGAUUACUGUCUGUUCCCCAUAAUUAAAGUUAAAAACAAGGACAGUAUUUUAAUUUCGGCUGAGGUAGGCAACAAAUUAAACAAAAUAGCUCUUAAUUUGCCAACCGAACUAGAUGAAUAUGGAUUUGUCCUUUCUCCGCCGACAACCAAUGACAUUAUUAAGGCGACCACUGCCGCCCAAGCCCGAGAUUUAGGAAGCGACCCCCAUCACGAAAGAAGAGCGGAUUGA